AUGGGGUCCUGGGAACGUGUCCUCCUGUCCCUGGGGAGGACUGGCCUUGCUGGAGCAGGGCUCCUCAUCUGCCUGGUGUCCUUCUGUGACUCCUCCAGCCCCCCAGAAGACCACCUGGCUGGUCCCCCUGAGCUCCGCCUGGUGAACGGCCCCAACCCCUGCUCGGGGAGGGUUGAGGUUCUCCACGACCACCAGUGGGGAACCAUCUGUGACGACGACUGGAGCUUCCCUGAGGCCAGGGUGGUCUGCAGGCAGCUGGGCUGUGGGGAGGCCAUCUCAGCCUACGGGGCAGCCCACUUUGGCCAAGGAUCGGGCCCCAUCUGGUUGGACAACGUGCAGUGUGGUGGGAACGAAGCCGCCCUGACCCAGUGCCCAGCCAGGCCUUGGGGGGACAACAACUGUGACCACCAGGAAGACGCCAGCGUGGUCUGCACGGAUCAGGGGUCCCCGGCCCCCCCAGGGCUGCGCCUGGAGAGCGGCCCCAACCGCUGUGCUGGGAGGGUGGAGGUUCUGCAGCAGCACCAGUGGGGCACCGUGUGUGACAGGGGCUGGGGCCUGACCCAGGCACGGGUGGUCUGCAAGCAGCUGGGCUGUGGGACCCCCCUGCUGGCCCCCGGUGGGGCUCAUUUUGGGCAGGGUUCUGGUCCCGUCUGGCUGGAGGAGGUGAACUGCACCGGGUGGGAAAGUGUCCUCUGGGAAUGCCCAGCCAGGCCCUGGGGAUCCAGCAGAUGUGGCCACCAUGAAGAUGCUGGGGUGGUGUGCUCAGACUCGGACCCUGCGGAUCAGCAGCCCCUGCGCUUGGCCAACGGCUCCACCAGCUGCCUGGGCCGGGUCGAGGUUCUGCACGACCACAAGUGGGGGACGGUGUGUGAUGACAGCUGGGACCUGCAGGACGCCGCGGGGGUCUGCAGGCAGCUGGGCUGUGGGGCAGCGCUGGCAGCUCCGGGCCGGCGCGGGACGGAUCCGCUGGACAACGUCAACUGCGAGGGCAGCGAGCCCGGCCUCUCUGCCUGCUACAGCCUGGGCUGGGGCAUCCACAACUGUGGCCACCACGAGGACGCCGGGGUGAUCUGCGCAG